CUUAAUUUAUCAAUUCUCUCACUAAUAACUAGUAAAAAUUAAUUAAAGAGAAAAUAAAAGAAGAGAGAAAUAGACAAGAGAAAAACAAACGGAUCUCCACUCCUUCUAAAACCCCUCUAAAUCUCAAAAUCAUUUUCGAAAACAAUGGAGUCAAACAACAACCCUAUUUCAGGCUCACUCGAAAACACUGAAAGCGGUUCACCAACACCCAUAAGCACCAAUUUGCACUCUGUCCCAUCAGCAACAAUUCCUGCUAACGGAGGACUCACAACCGAUGAGCCGAGUUCCAAGAAUUUGGUGGGGUCGUCAAAGAGGAAGAGAGGAAGGCCAAAAAAGUACAACGAUCUAGGGAAUUCGCACCCUUCGUAUGCCUCCAGCAGCAGGAUCUCUUCGCCACUUUCAAGAGCGGUGUCUCCACCUCCUGGCUUUGAACCUAGGGGAUCAUUUGUGUUUGAGAAGCCCAAGAGAGCUCGAAGAGUUCCAGCUAAUUCUUCUCAAAUUAACUGGAACAAUCAACCUUAUUACCAGCCAGUUGUUUUAGGAGGUGGAAUCGCAAACAGAGAAUGGAUGCACUUCGGCAUUCAAGUUAUAACGGUAAAAGCUGGAGAGGAUAUAGCAGCUAAACUAUUUUUAAUUGGCUUGGCGGGGGGCCGAUCAGUUUUUGUUUGCUCUGCUAUUGGUGAAAUCUCAAGUGUUACUAUUCGCCAACCGGGAAUUGCUGGUGGUGUCAUUGGUUACGAGGGUCGCUAUCACUUAGUGACCUUAAAUGGAUCAUAUCAAAUGAAAGAAGUUAAUGGGGUCUCAACUACAACUGGUGGUAUAACCGUCACUCUUGCUAGCGCUGAUGGUAAAUUAGUUGGUGGCUUGGUUGAUCGCUUGCUUAUUGCCGCAACCCCAAUUCAAUUGGUUAUUGGAAUCUUCAUUCCAAAAACUGCAGCCGCGGCUAUUCCGGCAUCUCCUGAUGCAAUGCCGGCAGAAAUACCGAUCAUGCAGCCUAUUUCGGGAGGAAAUGGAGUGGGCGCACCAGCAGUGCCUCUAAUGCCAGUUAAAACUGAGGUUGAAGACGAUGACAUAAUUGAACUCGAGGUUUGGGGUAACGAAUCGCAGCCACCACCACCGCAGGAGAGGAUGUACCCUGACAUCAAUGUGGCUAUACCUGAUAAUGAGUGAGCUGGAGGUUUUCGGUGUCUUUUGUUCUGUUGGUGCUGAGGUCCUUAGUCUUUUAGUUGGUGUUGUUGAGAUUAAGGUAGUUUUUAGAAAAGGUUUUAUUUUAAUUUGAGCUGGAAAUUUGAACCACAUUAGGUUGUUCAAUUGUUGUAUGAUCCAGUUUCAUGGAAUUUUAGACUUCACAUUUACUUUAUCUGUAAUGGUUUUUUAUUUUGAAAACGUUUAUCUGUAAUGGUUGAUUAUGAAAGGUUUCUAGCUUGUUCUUUGUUCA